CAGAGCAAGUCAGCUUUGGUAACCCCACCCAACUCCCCAGACCUCUACCAUCUUGGGAAACAGGAGCCCAGAGGUUUAGGAAGAUGCUGACUUAACUGGUCAGGGCACCCCAGUUUGGCUGACAUGGCUGAAACGCACAUUCCAUAUUAUUCCUUGAAGAAACUGUUUUCUUUCUUCAAUGGUGUUACUGUUCUCUCUGGCAUGAUCCUCAUUGGUCUGAGCAUCUAUGUGAAUUUCAGAGGGGCUGUCCUGACCAAGGUCCUUGGUCUGUCCUCUGAGUACCUGUUUCAUGUUGGCUACCUGUGCCUGGUGAUGGGCAGCGUCACGGUGCUGCUUGGCUUCGCCAGACAGCAUGGAGCAGCCAAGGAAAGCAGAGGCACCCUCUUGAUUUGUUUCUUGGUCAUGGUCAUCAUUCUCAUUGUGCAAAUCACGGCUGCCACGGUGGUCCUUGCCUUCUUCCCGGUUCGCAGACCCUUGGCUGGUGGAGGGGCCAGGAAGGAAGCAGACGGGAAGUCCCCUUCCCCGCCCCCACCCCGAGUCCCCAAGAAACCUCACCAAAUGGGCACCUUGCUGUUUUCUGUGCUCACCGCUCCCCGUUUCAUCGCUGAGGUUCGAGAAGUGGCCUUGGAGCACAACUUCGUGACCCUGAGGAAGAAUUACAGAGGUUACAAGGAGCCAGAUGACUAUUCCAUGCGAUGGAAUUUGGUCAUGGAGAAGCUCAAGUGCUGUGGAGUGAAGAACUACACAGAUUUUUCUGGCUCCUCCUUUGAAAGGGUGACAGGUCACACCUACCCCCGGUGCUGCUGUAAAUCCCCAGGGACUGUGGACUGUGAUGGACACAACGUGUCUGCAGACGUCAUCCACCAGGAGGGCUGUUUCCCUAAGCUCCUGAAAAUAACCAAGACUCAGAGCACCAACCUGAGUGGGGGCUGUCUGGGGACAGCAGUGAUGCAGCUGCCAGGAAUUCUUGCCACCUUGCUGCUGUUCAUCAAGCUGGGCUGACAGACCUGGGGAGAACAGGACCCCUGAGCCCCACUGGCUGCUGCAAGGAGAUGUGGUCUCAGUUUCUCUGUGGCACUCCUUGCGUCUGGAAAGGAGACUGAUAAUAAAAGA